GGAUUCACUCCACUUUCUCAUCACACACAGAGCAGCCGCGCGACCUGAUCCGUGCCGGACCGGGAGGCGGAUAGAGUUUGAGGCGGCAGAGCAGAGCCCGCGCGUCGGGGUGGAAACCAAUCAGAGGACCGCUGAUUUUAACUCCCGGACCAACCUUUCUAUAGUUGGGAGAUUUUUCUUAGAUUUUAUUUUAUUUUUACCCCCCUCCCCCCGUCUCUCCCUCCUUCCUCGUCCCGGUGCUGCGUCCUCAUCCAUCACCAUCACCACCAGAAGCACCAUCAUCACCUCCACCCAACUUACCUUCGCAGAGCGUGCCCAUCAGCGAAGGAUGGCGCCCCUGCAAUCUGCACGGUGGUGACAGUUCGGGAGAAGCCUGUGAGUGACCUGUCCGGACGGGUCUCUCUCACCCCCCACCCCGCUGGACUGAAGGUCCAGCCGCACCUCCGGAGAGAGAGGAAGGACGCGCAGCGCUGGUCACGACAGUCAAAGUGGACAGAAAUAGUGAGAGAAACUGGAGGAAUAAUAACCACCGUGACUGGAUUGUUUAAUUGGUUUUUAUAUUUUUUUCUUUUUCCAGCGCUGUGGAUUCUUACUUUUUUAUUUAUUUAUUUUCCCCCGGAGCGGCUUCGUUGGGUAUCGAGGAGGACCGGAGCCCGUAGCCGGGUUGGAGCGCUCAGAGCUGGGGACCCGCGCGGCUCUUACCCGGUUCAGAGCGGUGUUGUUCAGCAGAGACAUGGCUCUGCCAAGGUGGGAAGUUCUGCUUCUCCUGGUUGUCGUCCUGAUGGUUCCUUGCAGCACCGCGCCCACGGACAUUCUGUAUCGUGUUCCUGAGGAACAGCCGCCUAACACGUUGAUCGGCAGCCUGGCGGCGGACCAGGGCCUGCCCGACACAGGACAUCUCUACAAGCUGGAGGUGGGUUCACCGUACCUGAGGGUGGACGGCAAGACUGGUGAUAUCUACACCACCGAGAUCCCCAUCGACCGCGAGACACUGAGAGACUGUCGUAACCUGUUUGAGGAUGAAAAAUGCCUCCUGGAGAUCGAGGUGUCGAUCACCGACAUGGUGAAGGGGAUUGGCAUGGGGCCGCGGCUGAUCGAAGGUUUCAUUGAAGUGCUGGACAUCAACGACAACACGCCACAGUUCUCCUCACCCAUCCUUAGCCUGUCCAUCCCUGAGAACACACACAUCGGCGCUCUCUUCUCCAUCCCCAUGGCAGGCGACAGGGACUCCGGCAGCAACGGUGUGGCUGAGUACUCUCUGAGCACCGGGCCAGACGCCGAUAUGCUCUUCAGCUUGCAGGUCGCCGUGGACUCGGACGAAAAGCUGCCACAGCUGGUUGUCAUGGGCAACCUAGACCGUGAGAAGAAGGACUCAUACGAUAUGAACAUUCGGGUCGUGGAUGGAGGGAAGCCACCGAGGGCGAGCAGUGCCUUACUGCGGGUCACUGUAACGGACCAGAACGACAAUGCACCAAAAUUUGAGAAAAGUCACUAUGAGGCAGAACUACCGGAGAACAGUCCACUGGGUCACUCCGUGCUCCAGGUUAGAGCCACUGACGCUGACACUGGCACAAAUGGAGAGAUAGACUACAGCCUCCACCAGGCGUCUGAGACUGUCCAGAGGCUUCUGCGCAUUGACCGCUCCACAGGCAUCAUCUAUGUCAAAGGACUGGUGGACAGAGAGGAAGAAAGCUUCCUCAAGUUCUUUGUGGUCGCCAGAGAUCGUGGACCCAAUUCCAAGAAUUCCAAGGUCCUGGUGACCAUCACCAUCAAGGACCAAAAUGACAAUUCUCCAGCUAUCGAGAUCCGUGGUAUUGGUUUGGUAACACACCAGGAUGGUGUGGCCAACAUCUCUGAGGACAUGCCCAUUGGUACACCUGUAGCCCUGGUCCAAGUGUCAGACCGAGACGAAGGGGAAAAUGCUGUGGUGACUUGUGUGGUAGCUGGAGACGUUCCAUUUCAGCUCCGACCUGCAAGAGAGUCUGCCAAUGAUCGGAAGAGGAAAUACUUUUUGCAGACAACAACUCUGCUGGAUUAUGAACGUGUUAAGGAUUACAGGAUUGAAAUAGUUGCUGUGGAUUCUGGGAACCCAGCUCUCUCCAGCACAAACUCCCUCAAAGUUCAGGUCACGGACAUGAAUGACAACACACCAGUCUUUUCUCCCACAUUGCUUGAGGUGGACUUUCCAGAGGGCAACCAGCCAGGUGACAAAGUUCUUGAUGUCAUGGCAACUGAUGCAGACAGUGGCACCAACGCAGAGCUGACUUACAGCAUCAUUGAAUCCUCUGCUAAAAGGCUCUUCGAAAUUGAUGCCAACACCGGAGAAGUUAGUGUAAAGAACCUAUUGGAUCGUGAGGAGACAGAACGCUAUGAGUUCCAUGUGGCUGCAGCGGACAAGGGUGUUCCAAGUAAAACCGGCACUUCUACAGUGGUACUUAACAUUCUAGACCGCAAUGACAAUGAUCCCAAGUUCAUGCUAAAUGGCUACAGCUUCUCUGUCAUUGAGAACAUGCCUCCACUCAAUCCUGUUGGUGUGGUGACUGUCACUGAUGCUGACAAGGGUGAAAAUUCCCAAGUACGACUCUUUGUGGAGCCAGACAAUGGCAAGUUCAUCAUCCAGAAUGGCACAGGAACUAUCCUGUCUAGCAUUUCCUUUGACCGUGAGAAGGAAAGCACAUACACCUUUCGUCUGAAAGCUGUGGAUGCUGGCGACCCACCUCGAUCCUCAUAUGUUGGAGUAACCAUCAAUGUUCUAGAUGAGAAUGAUAAUGCCCCAUAUGUCACCAAACCUGCUAACUCCUCCUACACAUACCUGACACCUGUCACCCCACCAGACACACGUGUAGAGGUGGUCGAAGCUGAGGAUAUUGAUGAUGGACCCAAUGCUGAGCUGUACUACUCCAUCACUGGUGGUAAUCCCUAUGGCCUGUUCCAAAUCUCCCCAACCAGUGGGGAGAUCACUCUGGCCCAAGAAUUUACUGGCAAGCACAAUGGGCUACACCGACUUGUAGUGAAGGUCACUGAUAAAGGCAAACCUCCUCGCCACACCACUGCUUUAGUCCAUGUUUUUGUAAAUGAAACCAAAUCUAAUGUCUCCCUCAUUGAGGCACUGGUUGGUCACAGUCUCUACACACCUCUGGACAGAGACAUUGCAGGAGAUCCAAACUAUGCCCUUGCUCAACGCAGUAAUAUCCUGUAUGGCAGCCUUGCAGGUAUUGCUGGUGUGAUUCUGGUCAUUGUAGCUGUGGUAGUCAUCAGAUAUCGGCUGCAGAAAGAUACCAAGAGCGGUUACCAAGCUGGCAAGAAAGAAAGUAAGGAUCUGUAUGCACCCAAGCAGGGCCCUAAAAAUGGCAAAGGGAAAAAGAGCAAGAAGAGCAAAGCUCCGAAACCAGCCAAACCACUAGAGGAGGAUGAAGAGGCCAGCCUACAAAAAGGUCUGAAGUUCAACCUCAUCAACGACAAUGUCAAUGACAGCCCUAGAAUCCAUCUGCCCCUAAACUACCCACCAGGAAGCCCUGACUUGGGCCGUCACUACCGGUCUAACUCCCCUCUGCCAUCCAUCCAACUGCAGCCACAGUCUCCUUCUGCCUCCAAGAAGCAUCAGGCCGUUCAGGACCUCCCAGCUACCAACACCUUUGUGGGGACGGGCGACAACAACUCCACAGGCUCCGACCAAUAUAUGGAUUACACCUACAAGGCCAAUCCAAACAAAUACAGCAACAAACAGCUGCCCCAUCGCCGAGUGACCUUCUCCACGUCCAAUCAGGCACAAGACCUGCAGGAUGCAUCUCAGCACAGCUACUACGACAGCGGCCUGGAGGAGUCUGAGACCCCCAGCUCCAAGUCGUCAUCGGGGCCACGGAUCGGGCCGCUGGCUCUGCCAGAGGACCACUAUGAAAGGACCACCCCUGACGGCAGCAUCGGCGAGAUGGAACACCCAGAGAAUGACCUCAGGCCCCUUCCCGACGUGGCAAUGACUGGUAACUGCACCCGUGAGUGCACCGAGUUUGGCCACUCUGACUCCUGCUGGAUGCCCGGCCAGCCAUCCCCCAACCGCAAGGUAUCUAAGAACGCCCCCAAGCUCUCCACCUUCGUGCCUUACCAGGAGAUGGACGGACAGGAGCAGCUGAUGGCGAACGGCAGCCCCAAGCCCGCAAUGACGGAGGAGCGUGGAACGGGCGGCAGUGGUGCUGGUGGCAGCAGCUCCAAAGUGGCCAACAUGAGGUUCAUGACACCCUACAGCAGUGCCUACCCCGGUAACGGGGACUCGUCCGGUAAAGACUGUGGGCUGGAAGAGAUCCCGCUGAGCCAGGCAGCGGAGUACCACUCGGCUAACACCCCAACUGGCCAGACCGCCAAGAGGGAGAUCUACCUGUGAGGGUGCAGCUCUCUACCUUAAAAACCAACUAUGUCCCACCGAGCAUCCCUGACGCCGCCCACCGCCACACGCCCCACCCCUCACAGCUGCCCCCUGUGCCUAUAACUCGCUGUGUCGCAGCGUCAACUCACCCUUCUUCCUUUUUAUAACUACACCACCGAACAAGGCUUUAGACCCCUCUCCUCACCACUGCAACCACCACCACCACCCCUCAAGAAACCAAUCAAAUGUAAAAUAGAAGAAAUAAUCGAAGAAAAAUCGUGGUUUGUGCUGCUGCAGAAGGAAUGUAAACUACACCUCAUUGUUGUGAUGAUUUUUAGCUCUUCACGUAUUUGAGUUGAAUUUUUGUGUGCGUUGCUUCAGGCUUUGUUGCUGUGAUGGAACACAAAAAGAAAAAAAAAAAAAAAAAAAAAACGACUUCGGGGGAGAAGGAAAACAACUUCUUGUAAAUCCUACUUAAGUAUACUAUGUAAUGCUAUCUAUCCUCAAUUUUUUUAGAUUUUAUUUUCGGGUUUCUCUGUCGACUCUGGAGGCAGUAGGACUUACUUCUUUGCGCCGAGUUGCAUCAAAUCAACCCGGUUAGUUUUUCUAGACCAACUUGUCAUAAAAGUGAGACGUUUGCAAAAACGCAGCUGUUUUCUAACCUCUGGAGUUGAACUUAAUUUUUUCUUUUGUUUGUUUUGUUUUUUUUUUUUGCUGUGAAGUUUUUUUUUCAGUGUACAGAGCUGUAAAUACAAACAGUGACGGAGGGAACUGCUGUGGCUCUGAGCGUGUAUCCGUGCUGUCUGCAGAUCUUCAUGCAACAUCGCUUUGAUGGACUGAAAAUCUUUGCAUGCACAGAGAAUCACAGCGUUCACUGUCAACACGCAGGAAUCUGGACUCUUGCGCAUCACCGACGGUGCCGAGUUACAAACACCAGAUUUUUUUUUUCUUUUUUUUUCUCUACGACUUCACAACACACUGGAAUUUAAGUUCACAAGGGUUUGAAACAUCAAGAGGUGAAAAACCAAAACUAGUUUAUUCAGACCUAAAAAAGGUUAAUUUAGUGGAUCAGAAUCUAUGUACCGAUUAUUCAUGCCGUCAGUACUACUCCAUGACAGUAAACCUAAAAAUGAACAUGCAUCAGACUAAGGAGGACAAAGGCUGAGAAAAACAUGUGUUUUUUUACCUCACAUUCAUGUAGCCAGCCGGCUUCAUCAUCAGCAUAAUUGUCCAAACCAUUGCUUGUGACUGGAGGAUUCCAGUAGGGAACACAUCAGAGAAAUCAAAAUGGACAAAGUUGCUGGGUUUGUAGGGUAUAAAGAAAACAAUAAACAUGGUGACAAUAAAGGGAAAGUAUCAACAGUAUCAUAAAUAGUAUGUCAGGCCCCUAAACUAAGCAUACAGUACCUGUCCUCUGGACUUUCUGUCAUUUUUACUGCUGUUGACCCUGUGAUCUGGUCAGAUUGGGUCCUACACUGCCCCUACUGGUUACUUAAAUAUUCCAACUUGCAAAUGCGUAGUGUUGAUUUCGGAGGAAGUGCACAAACUAAGCUUCAAACAUUUCAAAUGUUAAAAUAUGAUAAAUAUAUGACAAAUAAAAGUGUAUGUGUCCAUAAAAGCAGGUAUAUUCUUGGUCUAAAAGUAUAAAUGGUUAAAAUAAUCUUCAAUUGUUCAUUUUAAAACAUAACUAUUAUAAAAGAAACGUCCAAAAAGACAAAUAAUUUGUAAUAAUCGAUUGAUCAAUUAUAUAUAUUUUCCAGUUUAAGCUUUGGAGAAAAAUUACUGAUGAAAGCUGUUUUCCUUCAUGUUUUUCUUUUGUGUCGUAACAAGAGAGAAAAUGUUGAUUUCGGUUGAAAUCCACCAGGUUCCUCCUUUGGGGAGCAGGAAUGUGAUCUGUAAAGGAAGCAGAAUCUGAAGCUUGGAUUGUGACAAAUGAAACACAAAAAUAAAAUAACUAAAACAGAAACCUGUGCAUACCAAGGGAUCCUUUUGCAGAAAUUUGUGAACAUUAAAACUUGUUAAGGAAAAAAUCGUGAGUCAUACUGGAAAUGUUUGUUCCAGAUGUCGUAUAAAAAUCUAGAUGCAUCAAAAUGAAAUGCUUUCUCUCCUCCAUACCACACAUCUGUCUCCGUGUUUGCUGACAUUGGUGAAUGUCUCCCUGCGGUGUUUUGAGCUUGAAGGAAGAGCUCUCUGGUCGAUGUCGCCUCUUGUUAAUUCCCACCUCUUUACCCCCCUCCAGCGUGCAGCUGAGCCAUUUUGUGUUUAGUGGAAACAUUUAUUAAACCCCUUAGCUGUGCAGCGGGGGAGGCGACCGGCAGUUCCUGCCAUGCUGCAGCCGCACAGGACUACAGGAUUAAUGGCACCUGUAUGGGCUUCAGUCCACUAACCCCCUCCAUGCCGCACAGUGCAGAAACAAAUUACAACCCGAGGCUCUAAACAUCACCGGCAAUAACGUUUACCGGCGAAAGCAAACUGGUUUGGAAGUUCAUUCAUAUUCUGCACCGGUUGUUGAUGUCAGCGGAGCAUAAUCUGAGAUACAAGCUAAGGAUGGGUGGAUGAAACAGCUGUCCUUAGAAGAGACUAUGUUAUGAAAGACGCAUUAUUUCACUGAUGUUCAGUAAGAGUCAUGCCUAUUCUACAGAGUGGCUAAAACAUUUUUGAAAGAAGUCAAUGAAUAUUAAAAGAGGGUGCACAUAAGCAUGUGAUGUAAUCUUCACCUUCUUGUCCAAAAGGCUUCAUUAAAGUGCAGCUCUAGAUAGUUUCCAGUGUUCCCAAGCAUCUGGAAUGCUUAAAGAAAAGACCAAAGAUGUCUUUUUGGUUCUUAAAGAUGUCUCACCCAUAAAGGACCUUUAAAUUUUUAGGCUCUAAAAAUGUUCUGGGUCUUUUAGGUCGCAUGUGCUCAUUCAUGGAUUUUGUAAAAGCCUGUAAACUUGUAUGGGUGCUGUGGAGCUUUUCCAGAUUUCUUAGACUGAUAAAGACUGUCGGUAUGUUGUGACCCAGACAAUUGUCAGCAUGAGAAAGACCUUUGCAUGAACUCCCUGUAAGUCAGUUGCAGCCAGAGACGUCCACUCUCCUUGACAUACACCUCUGUUAAAUAAAGUGUCCCUGUUCUUUCAGAGAUCAACAAGUAGUUAGUAAUUUAGCCUCCCCAAGGUCUCCAAAGCCCCUGUCUAAGUCUAUAAAACAAUAAAGUUGUUGCAAGCCUUUAUUGACACAUUCAUUCCACAUUCAGUAUGAAAAUAGUGAUUCUUGAGAAUUGACACAGUGCCACGGAGGGUUGUUACAGGACUAUUUGAAAUAUGUUAAAGCAAACAGGAAAUUAGUAUCUGCUUCUGUUUAUGUCUAAGUAAACAUUCAGACAAAGUAAAAUAAAAAAAAAGGCUUGUCUCAUCCAGGUUUGUAGAAAAGUCUUGACAGCUGAAUGUGAGUGUAAAUGACUUGUCAUUUGUUUUUCUUAUGGGAACAUCCAGCCUCCACAGGAAAAAAAAAAAAAAAAAAAGCAUUUCUGCAGCAUCU